ACUGACUAGUUCUAUGAUUGCAGUAAUAACUUAACUAGAGCAUCAAGGAACAAAUAACAGUGAUCUGCAAUUUUGCUAACAGUGUGUUUUCCUCCUCGUUACCAGGUCAAUUGAGAUAAAAAUGAAGCAUGAUGAAGAAGAAAAUCCUCCUCGGAUUUAUGUAGCAGCUUACAUCAUCAUCAUCGGAGCUCCCAAAUUCUUUGGUUUGAUGUGGUUCAGCUUAUCAUUGUUUAAAAUGGAGUUGAAGCUUCCGGAAGAGAACCACGCUCAAACCCCAUUGGUAUUGGCCAUUAUCUUAUAUUAUGGCUUUGCCUUCGGUUUUCUUAUGCCCUCGAUCAUUGUGUAUGGCGCGGGUUCACUGUCAUUGUUCUUUAACUACCUGUGGCAUGGAAGUGACAAAGCGGAGUGCAAAGAAACUGGAAGAUUUCCAGUUUGUUUUACUGCUGCAGCAUCCAUCUUGUGUUAUAUCUUGGUUCCAGCAUCCUGGAGGCUGCUUAAAAACUUCAUUGGAAAUCUUGUGAAGCAUCCAGAUGCUAAUGGAGCCCUGGCGACUGCCCUUGUCUUGCCUUUUCUUCUUGGAUUCUGUAUCAUUCAGAUGUUGCUAAGCAUUCCUCCAAAUUCAGAUAUUGAGAAGAAAUCCUCAGAGAUUGUAAAGAGUUCUCCAAAUUCAGAUAUUGACAACAUUCAACCCAAAUCCUGAGAGAGUAAAGUCGAGCUUUAUUCAAACCUCUUAUAGGAAAUACUUGUUUGAAUUAUUCAUAUGUUUUCUUUUUAUAAUUCCUUUACGAGACGAAAAUUCUAAAUAAUAUUUACUGAGAUUAAGUCGUUGUAAGGUCUAAUGGAUUGUUGACGAUGACCUCAUCGAGGAUCAUUUUGUUCUAUUCGCUGUAGGGGGGGUGGGAACUGGGGAAGAAUAGGAUCUUCAAUUCAUGCAUCUUGUGCUCGUGUCCAUCACGACAAAAUCUGAAUAUGAGGAUAUGAAGUGAAGAAUUUUGUUGAUGAACGGUGCCAAAAUCUGCCCAAAUUUUUCUCGCGAAGAAAAAUUCCCGUAAUAUUCUUUUCUUUUUCCAGGUUUCUGUCAGGUUGACAACAGCAUCAAUGGAGGCAAAACGCCUCUGUUGUUGAUGGGUGGAGUCAGGAAUCACAUUCCUUUCCAACUGCGAGAAUAUUUUAUAUUUGAGAGCUUGAAGUUGGAAAAGGAAUUCACAAAAGAAAACAAAAAGCUGAUGGGGAUAGAGGAAAUUUUAAUAAGAGUGGAUUCAAGUGGGAGCAUC